AUGGCGAUCCCGUUCGCUCCGCGCCGGGGAGCCGGGGCUGCCAACCGGCGCUGGUUCGUGCUGCUGCCGCCCCUGCUGCUCGCGCUGCUGCUCGCGCGGCCCGCGGCGGCCCUGGUGGAGGGACUCUACUGCGGCAAGCGGGACUGCUACGAGGUGCUGGGCGUGAGCCGCACGGCCAGCAAGGCGGAGAUCGCGCGGGCCUACCGCCAGCUGGCCCGGCGCUACCACCCCGACCGCUACCGGCCCGAGCCUGGCGAGGAGGGCCCGGGACGGACGCCGCAGAGCGCCGAGGAGGCCUUCCUGCUGGUGGCCACCGCCUACGAGACUCUCAAGAUAUUGGUGGUUAUGUUCCAGUCCUCCUGCAUAUGCCCAAGAGGAUUGGGAGUGGAGUGAACACCAGCAGAAGCACCAUUUUUUCCUGUAGAGAUUAGAGACAAGGAGCUUAUUGCCCUGCUUGUCAAGGCUCAGGACAGAGAGGAAGAAACAAGUAUAAAGGUUUUGGCUUUGGAAAGAAGUUGGAAUCUCCUGACCCUGGGACCUUAAGAUCCACAAAAUUGCUGAAAGAAAAAGUACUACCUUAUUGAAAGGUAAGAUAUUAACACUGUUUUAAGGUUUAAGCUCUCAUAGCCACAUUGGCAUAUCUUCAUAAGCUAUGAAAUCAAGCAGUCAUUUCUUGCCAAGCCCAGGUUUUUGUGAUAACCCAUCCCACCUUCAUGGUGAGGUGGAGACCUGGGUGGCUGGGGAGAUGUCUGCAGUGAGGGAGAGCCUCUACAAAAUUUCAUUCAGUUUUGAAAUGAUAUUUAUUGAAUGCCAGGCACUGUGCUAGGCCUUGGAUAUACAGAGAUUAAUGGAUCACCCUACCUGCCUUCUACAAGUUCUCAUUCAAGGCAAAGAAAAAAACCCUGAUGAUUACAAUGUGAUAAGUGCUAUAAUAAAUAGGUAAUAACUGUAGUAAGAGUGGCCUGAAUCUGUCUACUAUUGUUUAUGUCCUAAGGGUUAAUAGAAGCUCAUGAGGUUGGAUAAAAGGAAAGAGCAUUUGAGUUAAAGUGAAUUAUCUGUUCAGACAUAGAUAUAAAAGAGCAUGCUAUACUUAAGAACACACCAAAUUCCAGAAGCUGCUAUCUGAAUGUUUGCUGUGGGCAAAAGAAGAGAGAGUGAUGAGAUGUUGCUAAGGAGGUAAACUUAGGCCAGUUUUGGAGGCCUUGUUGCACGCCAAGGAAGAUUGAACUUAACUUACUAGCCACUGGGAAGCACUGGAGAUAACAAACAAAUAAACUGUGAGGCUACUUAGGUCCCAAGAUGGGUAGGAGAAAAGAUAGAUAUAUAAUAUUAAAAUAAGAAUGUACGUGAAACUCUUUAAUUGGGUCCCAGUUUGUCUUUUCUUUUUUCCUAAUAUUCCUGGUGUCCUGUGUACUUAUUAGGUUGACUCUAAACUUAGUAGGUUACUGAAGAGUAGGACUUUGACUUAGAUUGUUGAGGCUCCCUAACUCUUCAAUUUGUGCCAACCUUGAAACGACAUUGUAAAGUGUAUUAUGCAUGGAUCAGCUUAAAAUCCAUUUUCUUCAUUCUGGAGAGAAAGCUAUAAGCCCAGUAAAGAAAGAAGAUUGUGGCUGAAUAAAUGCUAUAACAAGGGGAACGCAGGCCUUCUUGUCUCUAAUCAUGACCAAAACAGGGUCCUGAAAUUAUGGGCCCCAAGGAAAAGAAAACCAUUCUAAGAGAAGUCAGGCUUGACCCUGAAACCAUUUACAGGGAUGAGGUAGUUUGAGGACUCAUUAUAGAGGGACCUGAAUAGACCCCACAGGCUCUGGUGACAGUAGAGAGGCCAGACAUAAGGUAUAAAUUGUGAAGUUGCUGGUGCUCGAGCAUUAGCUGACCAUCUUGUUAAUGAAGCUCUGGGCUUGAUGAAGUCACAGACCUAGGGACCAGUGAGAAGAUGGUGACUCGGGGGUAAGACACGGGUGAAAUGCUUGAAGAAGGAUAUCUGCAUUCUAUGGAUUAUGACCUUCACUAAGAUAAGAGAACAAAGAAGAGAGCGUAGCCCCCGGGCGUAUACGCAUGGUAUUCACAGAGCGCAUUUCAGAGACGCUCAGAUCUCUGUAUACUGCAGCCAGGAGGAGUGCAGACAGUCAGGCCUGGCUGAGGGC